AUGGCGCCAUCAAGUGGCCAUCAACUGCUCCCCAAAAUCUGGCGGGUUGCCAGAUUCGCCUUCGAGAAGGCAACUAGGGCUAUCAGGCCCCGGGUUACAGAACCGGUUGAACCAGCUCGUCUUGUAUACCAGCCUAUAUAUGCUCGAAUUUCUCGCCGACAACCGGUAAAUAGGAUAGCUGCUAUUCGUCAGACCCAAAGUCGUUACUAUUCCACUUCAAACACAUCUGCUCGCUCCGUCAGACGCGCAUUCCAAGCUUCUAGAAUUGGUGCUGCUGUUAAUCGUUUAACUACACGAACUCCCUUCGCAUCAACCCUGCGCCCCAAUCUCACAGGUGGUACACUAUGCCGAACAGCCGGUGGAUAUACACUUGGUGCGGGACGUCUUGGUGGCGCAAGAUACUUCUCUCAUGGCCCGGCAUGCCCAGCCCAAGUAGUUCACAAUGUGUCAACUGGAGUUCGUGCUUUUUGGCUUUCUGGACAGAGAGCCAGGUUUGACGGGGUAGAUCAACGAACUGGCCGCAAGCAAUACCGAGCAGUCACGGUUCUUCAAGACGAAGCGGGCCGCAAAAUGCAGGGAAUCCCUCGAAACUCCCCUGGAUCCUAUAUUGACUUUAGACUAUCCCCAACGAUUACUGCAUUUGCACGCUUGACAGCACUGCAAAAACCAUCCGUUGCUGAUGCUACUGAGCCCGUCAACUUGAAUACUGUCAACUUGAUGGACUUCCUUUCCCUCGACUUUGCUCGUGCACUAAAGGAUUUUGCCGCGGUUUUGAAUGAUUUGAAGCGACUUGCGACGCUAGGGGACUUGCCGGUAUCGCUCCAUGAUCAAUCUACCCUACGGGUGCGAUUCCCCGGCUGUGAUGUUGAGUCCGUCGAACGCUUGUGUGAUGAAGUCGGCGUACAAAGAGGCGUCAUCCGCCAAGAUGAGGACUUCGAGAUCCUAAACGGCACUGAGAUGGCACUUUUGUUUCCAUUCGCACCCAGUCACGUAGGCUCGGACUCUGAACUGUUUUCCGUCUCUGCCUACGGACACAAGUCUCCCGAUAUGUUGAACUGGCGCCAUAUGAUGUCUUCCGCGGAACCGACGGAACCCUCACCUGGGAACACUACCGGCCAAGACUAUCAUUUUUGGGGAAGUGACGAACAUAAUCCCUGGACUUCUUCCCGAGCGUCGUCAGGGUACUCUAGCAUGAACAUUAGCGAGUUAGGUGAUCGCGCCUUUUUCCCUGAGCUGGCAGAAACGGGCUCUCCUGCUGCCACGUAUUCUCACUACGGCGGUUUCCAAGGGAUUUACAAAUUUAUUGAAGAGUGCGAUCGAGCGAAACGUUAA